CCAGCCGCGCUUGCCUUUAUUUAACAUGACGUGAUUUCAUGCUUGUGUUUAGGAAGGAAGAGGGUUUGUCGACGGUUAACAUUUAAAUUAGCAGUUGUUUUUUUUUUUUUUUUUGUCGCAUGUACUACAAUGCUGAUGCCAAAUCUUUAAAUGUUACCCGCCAGUGUGAAGGUGACACGAAGCGUUUUUGCCUUUUAAUGUUAAAAAGACUAUUUAUUGAAAAUACACUCAGCCUUGCUCUUUUAUUUUGAUUUACUAAAAGAGAAGGAGACCUGGGUAUUAUUGACUGUAAGCGGCAUUACUACUGCACUUCCGGACUACAAAUACGGUUCUGUCACUGAUUUCUGUUACUGCAUGUGCUCCAUACGAGAGGACAGUGAAAGUCAGCGCUUACGUUGUUGCUGUAAACAUGAACGUGAAAUGGGUUUUUAUCGCAUCGUUGUAGUUUUACUAACAAGUGGUAACUUGUGAACGAAGAUUUCUCAUAACACAAUGCACAACUGGGCACGUUACCUCAUCUUUUUUCAGUACAUUGGGACGAAAUACAGGGGAGUAGUAAAAGUACCGCCACACCAGCUGGGUCAGUCGGGGGUCCAGGAGCACUUGGAGGAGGCAAUUAAGAGACUGAGACCAGUCAACCCAGUGUCUCUGUCGGUGUCCAGCAGGACAGAUACAGGUGUCCAUGCCCUCUCGAACUCUGCUCACUUUGACCUCCAGCGCAAAGACGACAAGCCUCCUUUCACUGAGGACGUUCUGGUUAAAGCUCUCAAUUUUCACAUCAAGGAACAGCAAAUCAGGGUCACCCAUGCUAACCGCGUCCCUGACGACUUUCAUGCCCGUUAUCGUGCUCAGUCUCGGACCUACAUCUACCGAAUAGCGCUGGGCGUCACCCACCACACUCUGCUCCCUCUCACAGACUGGAAUCUGUGCUGGAGUCUCCGCAACACAGAGCUGGAUAUAGACGCCAUGCAUGAGGCCGCUGCACUGCUGGUUGGGACUCAUGAUUUCAGCAGCUUCAGGGCAGUGAACUCUGACUUGCCUUUUAAAAAUCCUGUGAAGACGAUGGAUGUGGUUGCCAUACAGCCUGGAAGCUCCUUCGCACAUUCACAUUUUCACAGACAGCUACAAUUCUGGGAACUGACCUUUAAAAGUCGAUCUUUUCUCUAUAAGCAGGUGAGGAGGAUGGCUGGAGUCUUGGUGGCUGCAGGCCAGGGGCUGCUGUCCGUGUCCCAGGUCAAACACAUCUUGGAUGCGCGGGACACUCUGGCCUUCCCUCAGGGUGUGGCGGCUCCAGCCCAUGGCCUCUUCCUUAAAAGUGUAGAUUACAAAGAGUCCGACCUUCUGUUCUCCCAAAAGCCUGACGCCACUGAAGAUCCAGAGACAUGACGAUGCUACCCGAAUAACAAAUAUUUGAUAUAUUUGUAAAGUCUUUAUGAUAAUGACUAUAAUAAAGUUUUUUAGUAACAUCUA